AAUCCGGUUCAGCAACAGUCUUCAACUCAAAUGAUGCAAACUACGAGGUCAGGUCGACCUUUUGUCAAGGAUAUACAUGAUUUGUUUUCAACGUUAAUAAUCUCAUUACCAAUGGAAACGCAUCGAACUUUGUUUAAAAAUUAUGCAAACUCAUUUACAACGGAAGAAACCAUAGCGAAUUUA